AUGGACCAUUCGUUGUCUCAAAAUACACCCUUGCACUGGGGUUACUCCGGCGCGAAUGCCGCUUCUUCGUGGCAACCGGUGACCACUAGGGGUAUCAAAAGACCUCUUUCUGAAAGUGAUUGUGAUGACGCAUACUCGGAGGAAUCUUCCAAGGAGCAAUGUACUUCACCCGGUGAUGCUGAUAGUUGCCAAAUGUUAUCGAGAAAAAAACGACGGGGAGUAAUCGAAAAGAAACGACGGGAUCGUAUCAAUAUGUCAUUAUCUGAAUUGAAACGAUUGGUACCAAGCGCAUUUGAGAAACAAGGUUCCGCAAAAUUAGAAAAAGCUGAAAUUCUUCAAAUGACCGUCGAUCAUUUGAAAAUGCUGCACGCAAAAGGUUUGGAUUCGUUGGCCUUCGAUCCGCACAAAUACGCGGUCGAUUACCACGGAAUGGGCUUCAGAGAAUGUCUCGCGGAAGUCAGCAGGUAUUUGGAACGAAUCGAAGGUAUGGACGCGCAGAAUCCCAUGCGUCUGCGACUAACGUCACACCUUCAAUGCUGCGCAGCACAAAAAGAAUUAGCUUUAAAACAGGCCGCUACCGCGCCGUGGAGUUACGGAACCUCACAACCUCCCUACCCAACUCCUUUAAACCCAUUGUCGCCGCCGGUCGGAAAUCAUUCCGCGUUAAACACCCACCAACCACCAUUACCGCCACCGAUUCACCAUCAAACCAUGCAUCACGAUUUGGGUCAUUACGACAUAUCGACGUCUUGCGCGCAAAGCACUGCGCCUGUACCAUCGAGCGAUGCGAGUCGACUCGCACCGGCGACUUCCAUUUUAACUCCCCUCACCACCACCACGUCAUCGGCGUUAACGUAUAGUCCCCACCAUCAAUACCCUCCACCCGUUAAUGCGUUCGGGAUACCUUCUACGAGUCACCACCAAAAUUAUAGCCAGAGCGUUCCUACGUCUCAGGGUAUGAAACCCUAUCGACCUUGGGGCGCAGAAGUAGCGUAUUGACAGUGAAGUGUAAAUAAAUCAUGUCGCGGAAAAGUGCCCCUACCUCUAGUGCAAGUUGCCUUAUGGAUUGCCUUAAAUAAAAAAUAAUGACGCGAAACAACAUACAGAAAUACCCGCCGCCGUAACUGAUUUUCAUAACUAUUCUCAUAAUACAGUAUAGUCUCUUUAAUUGGAUCUAGUAAACUUCCUCUAUGUCAACAAACACAUGUUUUUUCAGUAGUAGUACUGGAAAACACAAACCAAGACAAAAAUUAUCAUAAAAUAGUCUAACGAAAAUCAGUCUCGGUUUGUUUGGGUCGGAUUAGGGAGUCUUUACUGUAUCGUAAACAGUUUCGGGCUGUGCUGUAUAGUAACGACGGAGACGCGUGUGUAUUUAUCUUUUUACAUUUCCGAGUGAUGAACAUGCACGACAGAGGCUUUAGUCAUUUUGUACCUAAUAGUCAUAAGAAUUUAUUUAUAUGAUUGUAUUAAAGUUAAUUAGGCGAGAAAUAGUAUA